AUUUUCCCUUUCCGAGCUCCCGAUUGUUGCUCCUUAUGCGUCCCGCUCUUGCUCAUCCGUUACCGUAGGGGAGUCACGUCGAUAGCUCAGAGUCGCGGCGUGACCUACCCUAGAUUCCGGCGUCGAGCUUCGACGCCGGCUGAGCCAGGGUGUCUCACGACGAGCCAGCGUGUCUCACGGCGCUGAAUCAGCGUUGUGGUAGCGAUGGCGGGAUAUGAGCCUCCGCCGUUUAGAGACGGUAGCAGCGGGCGAUCAGGCAGCACGGAUCUGCACACCGAUCUGUACGCGUUAUUGCACGUCUCGCGGGACGCGUCUGACGAUGAGCUGAAACGCGCGUAUCGCCAGCUCGCUUCGGUGUACCACCCUGACAAGUACCCCUUUCCGCAGAUGCAAGAUGUCGCCAAGGAUCACUUUCAGCGGAUCCGAUCCGCCUACGAGGUUUUGUCCGACCCGGCCAAGAGGCAGGUGUAUGACCUGUACGGCAUAGAGGGCGUGGUGUCGGGCAUGGAGCUAGGCCCACACCUGCGCACGAGGCAGGAGAUACGGGAGGAGUGGGAGCGGGCGCAGAGGAGGAGGGAGGAGCUGAAAGCGGCGAUGCGCACCCAGCACUCGUCCUCCAUGCUGCUGUCUGUCACUGCUGCUGAUGCCCUGGCGUCAGGAUUUCAACGCUUCCCCAGAAUCACAGGUAUGCACAUGUCAACCCAAGUCCAAGCGGCGCUAUCCGACAAGGACACGUUAGUCCUGGGCGGCUCCAUGCUCAUGAGGCGCGUGGCGGGGGGCGGCUCCAUGGUGGCGGUGUUUCGCAGACAGAUGGAUGCAUACCAGACGGCCGAGCUGGUGGCAGUUGUUGGGAUUCGAACCCAGCUCACUCUGUCUACUGCACGACAAGUGUCGCCGUCCGUGAAGGCGACGGCAGGGGUGACGUGGCAUGCUGAUGAUGGCUCGCUGUCAUUGGCCAAUUCGUGGACGUCCCAGAUCACAGAAUCCACUGCAGCAUCUAUCAACAUUGGGUUGGGGAGCCGAUGGAGGGUGGGAGCAGGUUUGUCCUCAGGGGGCCUCACAGCGACCUUCGUCAGAAGGUUCUCAGAACAUUCAUCAGGGAGAAUACACGGCAGGCUGGGAACCACAGGAGCAGACGUGGAGGUGGGUGGCAGCAGGAAGAUAUCGGACAACAGCUCUUUGGGGUUCUUUGUCACCAUGGGGCUCCAGGGCACACUAUGGAAGGUUCGCUACUCUCGAGGCGGCCAGAAGGUCACUGUGCCUAUUCUCCUCUCCCCCACUCUACGACCAGCCAUCAGCGUUCCGGCCAUUCUCAUUCCCUCGGUCACAUACGCUGUCCUUAAGCAUUGGGUGUUCAGCCGGUGGAAACAGAUCCGGGAGGCUCGGCAGGACCGGGAGGUUCGGCAGAAGUCAGCUAAGCAGGUCUGGGAGUCCAUGGCUGAGGCUCGGCAGCUCCAGGACAUGAUGACCCCGGUGGUAACCAGACGGGUAACCGCGUUACAGCAGCGGCAAAACGGCAACGCUCUGAUGAUCAUAUCGGCGAAAUACGGACGCCUGGGAGGAGCUGGGGGGGAAGGAGAGAGGGAGAGUCGAAACGAGAGCACGAAUAGUGGCAAUGGCAGUGGCAGUGGGGUAGUGGUAGUGGUAGUGGUGGUGGUAGUGGUGGGAGGGAAGGGGAAGGGAGAAGAGCUGCAUCUGGAAUUGGCUCGAUGUUUGAGAGAAUAGGCGGGCUGCUCAGGAGAGGUUUGGGAGGAAUCGGAGGGGGAGGAGGAGGAGGAGAGGAGGGACAACACACUACAGGUGCGUGCGAGGUGCUUGCGCUGCUCCUCUGUGCGUGAGUAUGGGAUGAAGAUGAGUGGGAGCGGAGAGCGUGGUGCUGCGUACCUCCUGCAGUGUGGGAUGUGCGCAUUCCACUGCAAUUCCUUGUCGAUGAUGCAAGCAACACGCUGCAGGUGAGUGUCUGAGUGUGUAUGUGUGUAUGGGUGAUGAGUUAGUGUGCGCAUGUACGUGCAUAUCUGCAUGUAUGCAUCUUCGCAUUCUUCUCUUUCUCCUCCCCUGCUACCCAAGCCAGUGAGCAGGAAAGGCGAUGCUCAACCCUGUGCUAAGACUGCUCCGGAU